AUGGAACUUAGAGAAGCCUUUAUUACAUUUCUUAAUUACAUUAAAAAUCAGUAAUACAUAACAUAAACAUUGAAGAAUACACUUGAUAAGAUAAUCACAUCAUUAUAAUCCAAAGCAACUGAUACUGAAAUCAAAUAAUUAAUUUUCUAAUCCACAUCUCAUCACCAAAGAGUCAAUUCUUAACCCACUAAACCACCUUUGAUAGUUAAAUAAAAUGCUCUUAUUGGAUUAACAGCAUUUAAUUUAAAACCAUAAAGGAAAAUAUCAGAAUAAGAAAAAAUUGUUCCACCUCAAGAAACACGAUAACUAUAUAGUAAUUUAGAAAUUCAAAUUAAUAAACAAAAGUAAUAGGAAAUAUCAUUUGGCAAAUUUUAACCCAAAAUCCUUUUACUUAAUGAUCUUAUGCUUUGUCUGAAGUAAUUCUAAUACAAUACAGAAACACUCUCUUAAAUAUAUAAUCAUACUUCAGAAAUACAAACUGCUUAUGGAAUUCGAGUAAGUCAAGAUAUCCAUGGAUCAACUUAAGUCAAUCGAAAAGGAUCCAAUAAAUUAUUUGCUGGAUAUAAUAGUAAAUUAAUGAGUGAUGAUCAAUUGGUAGCUAUCCAAAAUAAUUUUCUUAUGAAAAAAUAAAUUGUCAAAGGAUGUCAUUAAGACAUAGUUAAUGAAUCACCAUUAUUCAUGUAAAAGUAAAUCUUCUUAAUAUGA